AUGACGAGAGAUAUCACCAACCACUUGCUUUUUGAAGUGGCCACUGAAGUGGCUCACAAAGUAGGAGGUAUCUACUCAGUAUUGAAGUCGAAAGCGCCAAUCACUGUUGCUGAAUAUAGAGAACGCUACACUUUAAUUGGACCUUUAAAUUACAACUCAGCACAAAUUGAAGUUGAAGAAUUACCAGUUAAAGACCCAUUGGUUAAACAAACUUUGGAUUCAAUGUCAGCCAAGGGUAUUCGUUGGCUUUAUGGAAGAUGGUUAAUUGAAGGCGCACCAAGAGUUUUGCUUUUCGACAUUUGGUCAGCUGGUCAUUAUCUUAAUGAAUGGAAAGCCGAUUUAUGGAAUACUGCAGGAAUCCCUACUCCAGACCACGAUCUGGAAACUAAUGAAGCUAUAUUGUUGGGAUACUUGGUUGCUUGGUUUUUGGGCGAAUUGGUUUACAAUGACCGUGAUAGAGCUGUUAUUGCUCAUUUCCACGAGUGGUUGGCAGGAAUUGCUUUACCAUUGUGUCGUAAAAGAAGAAUUGAUGUGACAACAAUUUUCACCACCCAUGCAACAUUGUUGGGAAGAUAUCUUUGUGCUGGAUCAACUGAUUUCUACAAUAAUUUGGCUAAUUUCGAUGUUGAUGCCGAAGCCGGUAAACGAGGAAUUUACCAUCGUUAUUGCAUCGAAAGGUCAGCUACUCAUUCAGCCGACGUUUUCACUACUGUUUCCCACAUUACUGCUUUCGAAAGUGAACAUUUGUUGAAAAGGAAACCCGAUGGUGUGUUGCCCAAUGGGUUAAACGUUGUCAAAUUCCAAGCAGUUCAUGAAUUUCAAAAUUUGCAUGCCAUGAAAAAGGACAAGAUUAAUGAGUUUAUCAAGGGACAUUUUUACGGUAAUUAUGAUUUUGAUUUGGAAAACACCUUGUAUUUCUUUAUUGCUGGCAGAUAUGAAUUUAGAAACAAAGGAUGUGAUUUCUUCAUUGAAAGUUUAGCAAGGUUAAACCAUAGAUUGAAAGAAAGUGGAUCCAAAAUGACGGUAGUUGCUUUCAUCAUUAUGCCAGGAAGGACUCAAUCAUACACUGUAGAAACAUUGAAAGGACAAGCAGUUAUCAAACAAUUGGAAUCAACAAUUGAAGAAGUGCAAAAAAAAGUUGGUGAACGUUUAUUUGAACAUUGCGCCAGAUACCCCAAUUCCGAACAUGCAGCUGGUAAAUCAAAUGAAGUACCAUCGAUUGACGAAUUAAUCAAACCUGCUGAUCGUGUCUUGUUGAAACGAAGAAUAUAUGCAUUGAAGAGAGAAGGAUUGCCCCCCAUUGUCACUCACAAUAUGAUUGAUGAUCACAAUGAUCCAAUCUUGAACCAAAUCAGACGGGUUCAAUUGUUUAAUCGUCCUGAAGAUCGGGUCAAGAUCAUUUUCCACCCAGAAUUUCUCAAUGCCAACAACCCCAUUUUGUCAUUGGAUUAUGAUGAAUUUGUACGUGGUUGUCAUUUGGGGGUUUUCCCUUCUUAUUACGAACCUUGGGGUUAUACUCCUGCUGAAUGUACUGUUAUGGGGAUCCCCUCCAUUACUACAAACCUCUCUGGAUUUGGGUGUUAUAUGGAGGACUUGAUUGAAAACACCAGUGACUAUGGUAUCUAUAUUGUUGAUCGAAGAAUGAAGUCAGUUGAUGAAUCAAUUGAUCAAUUGACUAGUUACAUGUUUGAUUUCUGUGAAAAAACCAGAAGACAAAGAAUUAAUCAAAGAAAUAGAACAGAAAGAUUGAGUGAUUUAUUGGAUUGGAAACGUAUGGGAUUGGAAUAUAUCAAGGCUCGUCAAUUGAGUUUGAAAAGAGCCUACCCCGACAAGUUCAAAAAUGGAGCAAAUCCAUUUAAUAAUUCAUCCAAUUUGAAAUUAACUAGACCCUUAUCAGUGCCCGGGUCACCUAGAUCUAAAGUUGGGUUAAUGACUCCUGGUGAUUUAGGAAGUUUACAAGAAGCUCAUGAAGGUUUGAAUACUGAUGAUUAUGUGGGAUUCAAAUUGGGGUUGGGCGCCAAUGAUGAUGAGAAUGAAGAUGCAGAUGAUGAUCAGCAUUAUCCUUUAACCUUGAGAGGAAACUCGGUACCCCCCGAGGAUAACAAGACCGAAUAG